AAUCCCCCCGUGCCUCUCUCCAUCCUGUCCGUCUGUCCCCACGCAAUGCCCCGUCCGUCCUGCCCCUGCCUAUGUUUGGAGGUCGGCACGCGUUGCGCCUGACACAUGUUCCCAGCCCAAGCGGGAGAGAUUAGCGCGGGCCGGCGCUGCCCUGGGUCCAGCGGCGUCGGAGAGCGCAGGAAAAUCUGAGUCACGGCUCCGGGCUCCGGGGCGGCUGCGGGGCCGGUGGCACUGCGCUGUGCCCCAGGGACAGCGCAGAGACACCGGGCCCAUGGAGGAGUCAGAGGAGGACGGGGAGGACAACGAGGUGUUCCUGGAGCAGCUGAUGGUGCAGACGGGCCAGGCCGUGCCACGGCAGGAGCUGGAGGAGCAGUACACCGUGCUGGAGGAGCUGGGCAGCGGCACCUACGGCCGUGUGGUGCUCACCGAGCCCCGGGAUGGUGGCUCACCGGUGGUCCUCAAGCUGAUGCUGAAGGAGAACACGGAGUGGAGGGCGUUCCUGCGGGAGUACUGCAUCGCCCUGUGCCUCUCUGGCCAUGCUGCCUGCAUCCGUGCUCUGCCUGUCGCCUUCGAGAGCGCCACGCACUUUGCCUUCGGGCAGGAGCUCGCUCCUGCUGGGGACCUGUGCACCCUCCUCACCCCAGGGGAGGGUCUGGCGGAGGUGCUGGUGAAACGCUGCGCCUCCCAGCUGGCGGAGGCUCUGGAUUUCAUGCACAGCCGGGCCCUGGUCCACCGGGACGUCAAGCUGGACAAUGUGCUGCUCUUCGACCGUGAGUGCCGGCGGGUGAAGCUGGGUGACUUCGGGCUCACCCGCCUGCAGGGCUCUGCCGUUCGUGCCAUGUCCAGCACCCUGCCCUAUUCCCCACCAGAGCUCUGCCUGCUCCAGGGCUCGGACACGCUGGAGCUGGACUCCAGCCUCGAUGUCUGGGCCUUUGCCGUCCUGCUCUUCUGCCUCUGCACUGGCUGCUUCCCCUGGGCUGUGGCUGCCAGCCCUGACCCCCAGUUUGAGGACUUCAGUGCCUGGCAGAGCGGUGCGGAGGGGCGGGAGGCGCCUCCAUCCUGGCAGGGCUUUGCUUAUGGGGCACAGGAGAUGUUCCGUCGCCUGCUGAGGCUGGACCCUGACCGCCGGAGCCCAGCCAUCGAGGUACAGAAAUACCUGUCCCUGCCGUGGCUGACAGCACAGGACACCGGGGCUCGGCUGGAUGGUGGCGACAGGCAGGAGGCAGCAGCAGGCAGCCCCCAGGUCCCCAUUACCCAGGGCUGUGCCCCAGCCAGUGGCUCAGGAGGGAGUGUGAGGGAUGCUGCAGGUGCUGGGGAGCAGGGUGAUGGCAGCUGCAGUAGCGGGGAGGGUGUACCCACACCACCCGCAGGUACCCUCGCCCUGUGCCACUAGUCAGCAUCUCCAUCAGCCACGGGGACAGGCAGCAAGGGGGGUUCUGAGGUCUGGGCCAGGGUCUUCUUGUGGGCUGGGGUGAAAACUUGGUCCACACGCGGCACCCUGGGUGUAAGGGUCAGAGGCAGCAAGCAGUGCUAGAAAAGUGCUGCAGGCAAGGGAAGGAGAAGAAAUGCUCAGGGCAGCAUUUUUGGCGGGGAGGAGGAGGGGGGUCAGGGAUGCCAGUCCCAUCUCAGCGCCUCGCCUGCUGCUAAUGAACAUCACUCAUGAUGACAAAAUGCCUGAUUAACACAUGUGCUAGGGUGGCAAGGAGAAGCCAAGGGAAAAGCAGCCAAAGGUUGACAGAUAAGUGGGAAGAGAGCAAUCAGUCAGAAAUCAUUAAGGCUGGUUCAAGGCCUUGGUAGGAGCAGCUGCAAAAACAGCUCAGUAACAGCAGGGGAACCCAGAAAUGGGUCCAACCUCCCCUACUCACACGUGUGUGUGAGGAGGCUGUCAUCCCUGCUGUAAUUAGUUAAGAUGCCAAGCAGUCUCCUUGGGGUUAAUGAGCCGAAGAACCAAGCAUGAGCCCUCCAGGCACACAGCUGGGCUGGGAGGAGCCGCAGGGCGAAUUUAGUGCUUGACGGAAACCUGAUCAACGUGGGAUUCAGCUCCCUCUGAGCUAUGCAAGGCUCUGCCACAGGCAGGAUAAUCUGCACCACGAGGACUGGGUAAUACAAAAGUCUGAAGAGAGCAGAGCGAAUGAGCUGGGAUGGCGCUGGAUGUGGAGGAGGUGGGGUGGGGGUCAGGAGAAUGGGCAUCAGCAGCUCGAAGGGUGGCAGAUGUCAGCAGAGGGGUUCCAGAGGUGAAGCCACUGUGGUCUGGGCUGUUUGCACCAAAGUGGAGCUCACCUGGUGUGAGCCCAGUGCGUGUCAGCUGGCCAAAAAAAACCUGCUCCCUCCAGGCUCACCCUGCUCUGCCCAGGGAGCCCAGAGGGGUGCUGAAUGCUGCCACUGGCAUGCCAGCCCUUCCCAUCUCUCGUGGGAGCCCACCAGAAAGCUGGGGAGGGAUUUAUCAGGUUGUGUAGAGAUAGGACAGGGGGUAACAGCUUUAAAAUAAAAGGUGGUAGAUUUAGAUUAGAUCUUAGGAAGCAAUACUUCAUGAUGACAGUGGUCCAGGUCAUGCAGAGAAGCUGGGGAUGCCCCAUCCCUGGAAGUGCUCAAGGUCAGGUUGGAUGGGGCUUUGGGCAACCUGGUCUUGUGGGAGGUGUCCUGGGCACCUGGAAAGAGAUGGUCUUUAAGGUGCCUCCCAGCCCAAACCAUUGUUUGGUUCUGUGAUCUCCUGCCAAGUGAGAGGAGCCCCGCUGCACAGAGGAAGGAGAGGUGCUGAGAUGCUGAAAGUUAAUAAAAUUCUCUGUUGUUCUGCCUUUUUAUAACCAUGUUUUCCCACAAGCCCUGAAUCUCCUCUGGGUGCCAUGCUUGCAGAGCGAGGUAUUGGAAGGGUAUUGGACUCACAAGACAAGGAAAAGCAGACCCUUGUCUGAUCAGAGCUGGAAAAGAAACCUCCCCCUGCCCCUGAAGUGCCCCUGCACAAUAGAAAUAAGGUCCUAAGGCAGGAGAAAGGAGACUCGGGGAGAAAUAGUAAAGACCUCAGAAAGACCAACACACAGGGUGGACUCAGUCUCUCCCAACUGCAUCCAAACCAGUGCCACAAAGAAGGCACGAAGGGUGUUAAGUCAUUGGAGACUCGUCUACAAGAGGCACCAAGGCUCCCAUUUGCCGUCCAGACUAUCUCUCCACAGAGAAUUUCUGCCUGCCUGGGGUCCAGAUUCAUGAUAUUAGGGCUAACAAUUCUCUUGGGUCCGAAAGACCACCACACCUUCCUACACUUUCAAGUAGCAAGGCGAUGCUCUAGCAAGGACAUUCUGAAAUAUAUAAAAGGAUCUUAUGUCCCUUGGAAAAAUAUUGAAGGGAUGGGGAGCACAAGUAGUGUUCUCCUUUGGCCUCCCAGUUGGUGACUGGAACCCAGGAAGAAAGAGACAAAUGGGACAAGUGAAUGCUUGGCUGAGAGGCUGGUGCCAUGCCCAAGGGUUUGGGUUCUGUGACACUGGGUGCAUUUUUGAGGGGCCAGGUGUGAUGAUGCUGGAUGGGGCACAGCUAUCCAGGUGGGGCAAGAGUGUUGUGGGCAGUAAGGUAGCUGGGCUGAGAGCUUGUGAGUAAGAGUCAUGGACCACACCAAUAAAGGACACCUUGUGGUCGGGGUCUGCUCCAGGCUGCCUGACCAAGGGCA